AUGCCGGCCUCAGCGUUUCAGGUGGAGGAGGAGCUGAAGGAGCAGCAGCAGGAGAAGGCGGCCAGCCUGAGACGUUUCCAGGGAGAGGUGAAGCAGCGGGUGAACCAGCAGGUCAGGAUGCGAAGAAAGCAGCAGCUGCAGAAGUCCUACGAAGCGGCAGAGAGGGAGAGCUGCGUCGCCGUUCGGUACUCGGACUCCGCGCUGCACUUGACCCCCAGGAAGAACACGUGCCUGUUCCGGAGCCAUCCCGCGCCCGCCAUCUGCGGUCCCCGCGCUCGCGCCGUCCUGGCACAGCGGCAAGGGGUGCAAAGCGAGCCCUUUCAGCAGCAAGCCGCCAAGCUUAGCAAAACCAUGAAGCAAGUUCGGCGCAGGCUGGCGUCCUGCAAAACCAUGCCCCAAGGAGCGGGUCCCCCCGAACUCCCCGGCGGCGUCUGGAGGCGAGAGAAACCAGAGUCUUGCAAGACAGCCGCGGUGCCCGCAGGAGGUGAGAGCGAGGAGCUGCUUCUAGCGGGACACCAUGAUCUUCCAGCUGAACUGCAGGGCCAGGGGGCAGCCCCGCGUCAAGCUGAGCAAGACGAUGACUUCUACAUCAAAAUCGAAUUUGAACAAUUCUGUGACGGAUCGGUGAAGGACUCGAGCUCGCCCGAGCCUCCCCAGAGGCUGCACACCGACUACCAAGCUCCCCUCGUACUCUGGGCUGGCGUAGACCAAGAGGAAACCAAGAAGCAGCGUCAGAACGAGUACCUGAGAUACAGGCGCCUCUUCAUGAACAUCGAGCGAGAGCAAGUGAAGGAGCAGCAGAGGCAGAAGGAGAGGCAGAAGAGAAUCGCUGAGAUUAAGAGCAAGAAGGAGAACCAGCGCCGGGUGGAGGAGCAGAGGAUGCAGGAGGCGGCUGACCAGCAAGAACCCUCCCCGGGAGAGGGAGCCUGUGAGACCCUGGCCCGACUUAAACUGGAGGAGCGGGGAGUGAAGGAGAUCAAGGAGAAACAGCAGCGAAAUAAGGAGCACGUGAGGUACGUCGAAGCUCUAAGAGCCCAGCUGAGGGAGAAGAUAAAACUGUAUAACAUUGACUUGCCCCCGCUCUGCUCCUGCGGGUCCGAUUUCUGGGACUCCCACCCGGAUACCUGCGCCAACAACUGUGUCUUCUACAAAAACCACAAAGGUAGGUUCCCCCGCUUCUGGAGAGGAGGCGCCUAG